UCUUUAACCAUGGCAAAUGCUAAUUUGUUACUGUCCCAGGAUGAGUUCGGCUGCCCAAUAUGUCUGGAUCUUCUGAAGAAUCCUGUGGCUAUUCCAUGUGGACACAGUUUCUGUAUGGAUUGUAUCACAGGCUGUUGGGAUGAGGAAGACCUGAAAGGAGUCUACAGCUGUCCGCAGUGCAGGCAGACCUUCACUCCGAGACCAGCCCUUGGGAAGAAUACCAUACUGGCAAAUAUGGUGGAAAUGUUGAAAAAGUCAGGAAUGCAGUCUGAUUCUCCAACACUGACUUAUGCUAAACCUGGAGAUGUGGAGUGUGACGUCUGUACUGGGAGAAAACGGAAAGCUGUCAAGUCCUGUCUGGUGUGCCUGUCCUCUUAUUGUGAAACUCAUUUCAAGGCUCACAGCGACCUCUUCCCAGGCAAGAAACACAAAGUGAUUGAAGCUGAUGGUAAACUAAAGCAUCUGAUCUGCUCUCAGCAUGACAAACCGCUGGAGGUCUUCUGUCGCACAGAUCAAACAUGGAUAUGUGUGCUGUGUGUUAUGGAUGAACACAAUGGGCAUAAAGCAGUUUCAGUUGCAGCAGAGCGAACUGAGAAACAGAAAGAGUUGGGCCAAAGCCGAGUGAAAUGUACGCUGACAAUCCAGGAGAAACAAAAGCACCUGGAGGAGCUGAAGGAAGCCGUCAGGGUGAUGAAGCAAUCUGCUCAGGCAACAGUGGAGGACACUGAGGGGAUCUUUGCUGAAAUGAUUCGUUCCAUUCAGAGAAGAUGCUCUGAGGUGACAAAGCUGAUCAGAGAUCAGGAGAAGGCUGAUGUGACUCAAGCUGAAGAACUCAUGAAGACACUGGAGCAGGAGAUUGCAACGAUGAAGAAGAGAGAUGCUGAACUAGAACGCCUGUCAAAAACACACAACCAUACAAGCUUUCUCCAGAGUUUUCCGUCUCUGUGUUCCUUAACUGUCCAAGAAAGUUCAAUAUCAGGCAUCAGUUCAGAUGUGUCAUUUGAGAAAGUGACACUGAGUGUGUCUCAGCUGAAAGACAAACUGGAAGACUUCCUUAAAUGGGGGACAUGCAGCAUAACAGAAACUGUCAAACUCAUCACCCUGUUGCAGCCUCGGGAGCCCUUGACCCGGGGAGAUUUCUUAAAAUAUUCCUAUCAGCUUCAUCUAGAUCCAAUCACUGCAAAUCAAUUUCUACAGCUGUCUGAGGAAAAUAAGGAAGUUACCUGCACUCUAGUGCAGCAACAAUGUCCCAAUAAUCCAGGGAGGUUUGACCACUGGUGCCAGGUGCUGUGUAAAGAGAGUAUGUCUGGAAGAUGCUAUUGGGAAGUAGAGUGGAGUGGACUAAAGAAGUACUCAAAAGAGAUUUCGGUUGCUCUUUCAUUUAAAGAGAUCACCAGGAAAGAAGAAAUAAGAUCUCGAUUUGGGUACAAUCAGCACUCCUGGAGUUUGACUUGUUCACACUCCUCAAGCUUUUUCAUACACAAUAGAAAGGAAAUCAACCUCAAUGUAAUCCCAGGGUCUAGAAUUGGAGUGUAUGUGGAUCACAAAGCUGGAAUUCUGUCUUUUCACAGUGUCCAUGGUGACACAAUGACUCUCCUGCACAAAAUACAGACCACAUUCACUCAUUCCCUCUACCCAGGCUUUUGGUUAGCUCUUGGAUCAAAAUUAAAUCUGUCUUAGAGCACAUUUCCAUACGCUAAUGUCAACAAGCGUCUUCACCUCAAAUCUUUUUGUCUUUACCACAAGUUUUCCCCCUGUUCAUGGCAAACUACCUUGAUGUCAAGACAGACCAACAUGUGACUCGGUGUGUCUUUAUUUUAUUAAGACAUUUUAUUAUUAUUUUAUCUGUCAGGCAGUUGUGGCGUCUUAAGACCAGAGGGUUGCAGGUUUGAAUCCCACCCUCAUCUCUCCCUACAUUUUCACCUGGCUGAAGUGACCUUGAGCAAGACAUCAUUGCUCUAGACCAGUUUUUCCCAGCCUUUUUUGUCCUGCGUACCCCCUAAGCAAUUUUUUCAUACGAUGAGUACCCCCUCGCCCUCAUUCAUGCUCUGUUCCUCUAUCCCAAUGUGACUACACUCAAUAUAUUUGUUAUAAUUAUAUUUUUCUACGUACCCCCUGAGGUUUGCUCGUGUACCCCUAGUGGUACACGUACCCCUGGUUGGGGAACACUGCUCUAGACCAGUGGUUCCCAACCUAUGGGUCGGGACCCAAUCUAUGGGUCGCCAAAGAUCCACAGAGGGUCGCGAAGCCUUCUUGAUUUUAAGGGGUUUAAUUUGAAAUACCAUAUAGUCCAUGUUGAAUAAAUGACAAAGCAUGUAUUUAACUAGUAAUAUAUGCAUAUAAGCAACAAAAGGUAAGUGCUACAUUAAACAAUAAUUCUAUAUCUGGCCCAAGAUGAAUUAAGGAAUACAAUACCUAACUAAAAUGAGUUUUCGCCGGAAACAGAGGCUAUCAUUUAUCGAUCAUUGCACGAUUGGGUCACCAAAGCUUACAACGGUAAAAACAUGGGUCCCUGAAGAAAAAGGUUGGGAACCGCUGCUCUAGACUGUAACCAAUACCCUGUAUCUAUAAUAACUGUAAGUUGCUUUGGAUAAAAGUGUCAGCUCAGUGUCAUGUGAUGUAAUGAAUAUCGCUACCUCAAUUUCUUUUGCAACAUGGGCUGAGAUGAGGUAGGAAAUGUGGUAACACUUUAGAAUAACUAUUCACAGCUUUAUAUACAUGUUAUUAACAUUUAAUAAUACUUAACAUUUAACAAAGCAUUUACAAAUGUUUGUAAAUGACUAAUAACCAAACUACGUCUGCACAGUGGAGUGGGAAUCAAAUUCUACUGUGUGAGUUUCAUGUGGUUUCAUGCCUUUUGGUCUUUGGAGGAGAAACUUCCAGGACCGAUGCGACUGCACUGUGUCUGCUGUGUUAACAUAGUAUUUCUCGCCCAUUUAUAAACAUUUGUGAACAUUUUCUUGAUAAUUAGCUCAUUAUUUAUAAAUAGGUAGUUAUUCUAAAGUGUUAACGGAAACGUUUUAUUCUGUGGAUCCCUGUAUAUUUUUAUUUCAUCGCUGUAUUUGUUAUUCUUUGGAAGUGGCCUGCCACAUAUCAGUCAUGUGAUUUUACUAAUUUAAAGCCAAUUAAAGAUUAUUUUGAUUCAAAGUUAUUUUACUCAGCCUUAAACAUCAUUUAAAAAAUAUAGCCAUAUAUUGGUUGGUUAUGGAGUUAAUAAUUGUGAUGUAAAAUCUUGUCAGGUGAAUGCUGUGCAUGACAUUCCACUGGAACAUUCAUCUGACAUCUGCAUGUGACAAUAAAU